AAAAGAAGAGAAAGGAAAUGAUGGAUUUUGCCUGUGAAAGAAAUGUGGAAAGGCAAAAUAAUGUGCAGAGGUACAAGCGACAAGAGGAACAGGAGAAAGCCAGAGACAAUGCCAAACAGGACCGUCAUGCUGGCUUCAUACAUGACAUGAAACUAGAGAGUGCUGCCACCUCCUCUCUGGAAGACCGUGUGAAGAGAAACAUUCACUCUAUUCAGAGGACCCCUGCUGCUCUGGAGAAGAACUUCAUGAGAAGAUGAGACCAUAAAGAACAUGGAAACUUUCACCUCUGUCUUUUGUUUUAAGAUUUUUGUAAUUUUUAAUUAACAUCAUGAUGCCAGAUCAUGGUUGUAAAUAAAAUGUACAAAUGACA